AUGACAGCCGCAACUUCCACCAACAUCAUCGACACCCUCUGCGCACCCUACCUCCCCUUCGACGCAUCCUCCUCAACAUGGUCCGACCUCCACCCCACUCCGCAAUCCGAUCCUGCCUCACCGAUGUGUCCGAUCCUGUACGCUCCCACCUACUCCUCCGCCAUGUCUCUCUACCGCACCUUGACGAGCACCAACUCGCACUCCACCCUCACCGCCCCUCUCGCCGGUCUGGAGCUUUCCUCAAGAGCACUCGCGCUCACCACGCACAUAAUCACCCUCAACCCAUCGCACUUUAGCGUCUGGCAGUACCGCGCGCUCAUACUGCUCCACUCGCCCGAACUCGAGUCCCAACGAGCGCAGGUGCUUGCAGCCGAGUUGAAGUGGUUGGAUCAACUGGCACAUAGGAACAUGAAGUCGUAUCAGGUGUGGCAGCACCGACGGAUCGUUGUUUCCGCACUCGGAGAUCCGACGGGGGAACUCGAGUUUGUAGAGGAGAACCUGGCAAAGGAUGCGAAGAACUACCAUACCUGGGGGUAUCGUCAGUGGGUGCUGGCACACUUUGGCGGUCUCAACUUGGCGCAAGAGCAGCAGGAAAAAGCGGUGGGCAGUAAAGGUGCAGCUUCGUUCCCAGAGCUCUGGGAUGCAGAGGUAGACUAUGUCGACCGGCUGUUGCAGGAGGACGUUCGGAACAACAGCGCCUGGAACCACCGUUGGUUCGUCCUUUUCGGGCGGUACGGUCUUACCUCGUCCAGUUCCACACCGUCGACGAAGCUGGAAUCGCUUCGAAACAAAAUCAAGUACGAAAAGGCAUACGCAAAAACAUCGCUGGCUCACGUUCCGAACAACGCCAGCGCAUGGUCCUACCUACGAGCACUGCACACCGCUCUUCCCGCAGAGCUGGCGAGACCGAUGCGGGAGAACCUCGAGUGGGCCAAGACGCUGGUUUCGAGUCAGGAGGAGGCGAGGCGCGAUGCGAGCGUCGACGUCAUGGGUCGCGCAUCGGUCGGUGCACUCGAGUGGUGGUUCGACUGUCUCUUCGAACGAGCGGGGCAGAACGAGGAGCAGCAGCAGGUGAUGGAGGAGGCGGAACUGUUGAUCACUCGGUUGUGCGUGGCAGAUUCGGUCAGGAAGCGGUUCUACGCGUAUCGGUUGAAAUGUCUACGUCGAGCUCUCCAGCGCUCAUGA